AAAAACAGUUGAAACAUGUCUCCUCCCUCCCAGGCCACCAUUAUGGUGUUCCAGGCUGUUGCUGAAUACAGGAUUAAAGUGAAAGACAUAAAGCAGUUAGAACUGGAGAUGACGAUCCAAGUGGAAGGCAGCCGGCAGCCGAUUGUGUUGAAGUUCAGCAAAGAAGAUGCUCAUCUCGCACAAACAGCAAAGCUUCCAUCUAACAGACAGAUCACCAUCAGUGCCAAGGGUUAUGGAGAGGCCUCUGUAACUGUUGUGACUGAGUACUAUGCAACACCAAAAGAGAGUAGUGGCACCUGCAAGAACUUUGAGCUUGAUUUGACUUUUGAAAAGGAUGAUCAAGUGAGAUAUCAAGGAGCAACUGAGAGUUACAAACUCACUAUCACCACCAGGUAUCUGUCUGCUGACAGGGAUGCCACCAUGUCUAUACUGGACAUAUCAUUACUGACAGGAUUUGUUGUGGAUGAGAAUGAUCUGAAGGCGCAUCCAACACAAUCUGUGUAGCCAAGAACACCCAUAAUGUGCUAAUAUUACACAUUUACACAUCACGUGUUAAUCUCAGAGAUGUAGUGAAGACCAGUCCUCCAAGACCAUGACCAUUCAAGACCAGAGGUGUGGUCAAGACCAGAUCCUCUAAGACCAAAACAAGAACAUUAAAGUAUAGAGUUAAUGAGAUAAUUAAUUAAUCAUGUGGUGAUUGUGCAUUAGUGAUGAACACCUGCUGUUAACAAGCAACUAAAGCAAACACUGAUGAUCAUAAUGGUGACAUUUUUAAAAAACUAAUAAAACAUCAACAUCUAAAGCUCUGUUAAUAAAGUCAAAAUGGUUAGUAAUAAUAUAAACUGUUAAUGUUGUUUGUGGAGUUGUUUAAUCAUCCUCUGCUGAGAUCUUAAGAGAUUUAAUUUCUUCUUUUAUCUUCAGUUGAUUUCAUGUAAGGCUGUGGUUGAAGUCAGUUAGGGUUAGGGUCUUGUGUUUCUCUUUUUUUAUGUUGUUGUUUAUUUCCUUCAGUGAUUCUGCUUGUUAACAGCAAAUAACCUUCCUGACACAUUCACAGUGGUAACGCAGUGUUGACUCUGCUUGUUAACAGCAGGUGUUCAUCACUAAUGCUCAAUCAACAAUUGUAAAAUCAUUAGCACAGUGAAUGUAUUAAAAUUAACACAAGUGUUGUCAUAAAACUUACACAUUGAUGUGUAAGAAUUUAACACAGUUUGAGUUGGUUUUAACACAUCCUUUCUAAGAGUUUAUGUCAAAUUUUCUCACAAUUUCCAUACACUGCACUGCACUGAAAGUAGCUGUGACCACUGAGGCUAAAUGCGGAUGCGAUUUGCAUUAAAGGUCAUAAAUAAGCAUAUUAAGGAGAAAAGCUGUCAAACUCCAAUGAUA